UUGUUAGGGACACUAUAAGACAUUACUUUACAGGUUCUGUCUUCAGGCCCAGGUCAUUAUCCAGCAAGAAAAAAGAAGCUUAAAGCUACACUACUGUAUCAGAACUUCUCAGAUUUCAUCUCAUUUAGACAUCAUUUUAUUUUAUUUGUGUAUUUGAACAACUUAUCAAGAACAACCAUAGUCUGAUCUGUUGACCAAUGAGCAGCUUAGGAAACCUUACGUGUGGUAAUGAGCAAGUGAUGCUCUUUCACUUCUGAUUCUGAAAAGUGAACUCCACGCUGAAGUGCCUUAAAGCUGCAUACUCUCUACUGUCCACCAGCGGGCAACUCCUCUGAUUGUAUAGAAGUCUAUAUGAGAAAAGGUCUCUACUUCUCUUUUGAUUUAUUACCUCUGUGUAAACAGUAAAUUUGUAACAUUUUGGUCACCAAAACAUGUCUUACUCAGCAUUUUGUUGUACGUAGCUCCGCCUUCUCGUCUCACUUCUUCAAAAAGCCAACAUGGCGACAGCUAAAAAUCUAAACGGCACUCCACAAAGUGUGUGACGUCGCGCUGAAUUCAUCAUCCUGCCAAACCGGGAUUGAACCGGCGACAUUUCCGUCACGAGUCUGCUUUUGUAACAAAUCGGAAACUCUGCCCAAUAUAUGUAGUUUAUUAUAUGUUAUGUUAAGAAUUUAAUCGACUACAGAUCAAAGUUUAGGACAGAGAGACGGAGUUAUGUGUCAGAUCAAUCACCCUGUGAUAUUCAUACUCUGCACCAUCUCUUAUGAAGCAAAAAGAGCUCAUGCUUCAAGGCUCUGUCUUUACUUUAGUACACUUUGAACUUUCUAAUCUCAUACGGUCUCUUUCUGUUGUCCUCGCUGUCAUUGUCUGACCUCAGACUGGUGGCCAGUGAUGCCAUCUCUAGGGCAUUGUCUGACACUUCCCAAUUCCUAACCGCAUUACCAUGGCAACAGGAAUAAAAGGCUCCACCUCUAAGGCCGGUGGGGUGCAUUUCCCUGACGACGACAAGCCCCCCGGCUCUCCGACGCGGAGAGAUGACGAUUCAAACCUCUCCACUCUCAUUGCUAUCCAAGACAAGGAUGGCAGCUAUUUGGUCAAGGCGGGGUUCCUGAAGAGCCAGCACUGCUAUGAGAUUGUCUUCACCGUCCCAGAUGUCCCCACUCAGGGCAAAGAGCUCUCUUGUCUCCCUUCCUCUUCUCCAACCCGGAAGUUCCCCAACCUCCGGGUUCAACAUAUCAACUCCACACUGGAGGGAGGAGUCAAGGUAACAUGCAAGUACAAGACUCACCAGGAGGGGGUGCUGCAGGAGGAGAUCACUCUGGCAACAAGAGGGAGAAAAGGCAGUAGUCUGAAGGUCAGAUUCCAGGCCAAGGUCAUUGACCCACAUCACGGGACGCCCAUGCUGCUGGAGGGGGUGAGGUGUCUGGAUGCUCAGAAACACACCCACAGAAAGCAAAGCAGUGACCGUGAGAGGAAAUGAUAACAUCAUACAAAGUUAUAAUGUAUAUGUGUCUCCCUCAGUGUUAUUUAGAGUCUGGGUUGAGGCCAACACCAAAUUAGAACCGCUGUAUUUGAAUAAAUAAUGGGUCUGUGAUGCUAUGUUUUGAUAUUGUGGCAUUUCUAAAUAUUUGUCUGAAAACUAAAUUAUCUCUUUCACAAAAAAAGGUGAAAUACCAGUCUGCAGCUGUGGAUGAGCCUUUAUCAAUCAAUUUAAGAUAGCCAUUGGCCUUCGUUCGUGGAGGUACAUUCACCAGCACUCAACAGGAGCUAUGAACAUAUACGCAUUCAAGCCACAGCCUGGAGAAGUCACGAUCAGCACCACACGUACAGUUAUAGACAUGAUAAUAAACAUGAUAAUUUUACAGCAGCCCAACAAAGGAAAACUCAAAUGUUCUCCUAAUGUCCCCGUUCCUUAACUAUGUGCAACAACACUCAUCAGAACACAGGACAGUCCUGUACAUAAAAAAACCCGACUUGCACAAUGGUAGUGCAAUAAUCAAUGUUGUUCGAUUUUUGCACUAAAUGUCAAUGUGGGUUUCACGAGUGUUGCUGAUCAAAAGCAAUCAUUUCUCUGUGAGCCACAGAGCCAGCUGGCCUGGAGUCACUCACACUCAGGUCUUCUCUUAUGAUGACUACUUUGAAAUGCAUAAAAAGUCCAAUCUCAAUAUAGAGUUGGCUCAAAUCUUUUAGAUGUAGUCAGCAGGGUUUCACGCAGCUGAUUCUGUGACUGCAACCAAAUAUCUUACUGCACCUUAUUAUUGCACCAAUACUAUUAUCAUUGUAGAAGGAACAUGUAUUUGACUUUAGUAAUGCCACUUGUUCAAGCGCAUUGUGGCAGCAUGGCACCGUUUGCAAUAAGAGGCACUUGACUACUUUAUGUCGGCCAUCACUCGUUACUAGCAGGGGACAUGAUGGUAUGUUGUUCCCGUACUUCUAAGUAGCCAUAAAGUAAGAGAUUUCCCAGGAAGCACACUGGAUAUUGUAUGUAUUUAAACCUAAGAUGGAUAUUUAAUUUUGUAUAAUGUAGGUCAUUGCAUUACAAUGCUAAACAGCACUUUACUAUUACAUUAUUUUUGUUGUGACAGCUUAAUAAGCAAAAAGUAUUAUCUAAAGAUUUGACUGUGUUGUAGAACAGUUUAUCCCUGUGCAGGAAAAGCCAUUAUUUGUAACUUUUAUUAUUUUAUUAUCUUUUAUACCUACCUAAGGAGACAUUUUCUGUUCAGUCAAAAAAAUAUUUAUUUGCUUAAGCAUCUUCUCUGUUGACAUCAGCAUAGCCUUAUUCAUGUGUAUUAUGACAGCUUACAUCAAAUAUUACAAUACAAUGUCAUGUUUGAGUUGUUUUAAAUAUACUGUGAAUGCUGUAUCAGCGUUACUAUUGCAUGUAAUACUGUAAGUCACAAAGUGUAACCAAUGCAACUGCCCCAACCAAAUAACGAAGACAUUUUAACUUCUGAUGAAGGAAGCCGCAGCCCAGAGUGUUACAGUUAUUUAUCACAGGAGUAGUCCCGUUAUUACUGUGUUAAAUAAUGUGUGUAUUCGACUGGUAAAUAAGCUUCAUGCAUGAUAGUCUUCCCAAAUGAAAAGCACUUUUAUGAUCUUUGAAGCAUGAACACAAUCGGCAGAAGUAAAAAGCUAACAUUAGGCUAUAAAGGAACUUCACCACGGUCACAUGACCUCAUGUCACCACCAUUAAGCUAAGGGAGGAGACAUAACUUAAUAUGUAACUGUAACACGCUCCUGUCACCUUCCCCGGGUUCCCCCCCAGCACCAAUGAUUGAGCACACUCAGGGUUAUUGUUUGUAUUACGUUUUAUUGUCACUGGCACGCUGUGCUUGCUCUCCUCUCCUAUUGCCUCCAUUCCUACUGAGUCUAAUAUAGGGAAGAGUAAAAAAACAUUAGAUCCGUUCCAGCUGAGGCCAAUUAGGCCUCUUCCCAGCACCUGUUCCCUGAGCCACUCCCCCUCUUCCCUCUGCAGCUGAGCCUAACCACGCCCCCACCACCACCACAGUAACCGACUAACAAUGUCGGAGCAAGCUGUUAUGACAACUGUUCCCUACACAAUGUAGCUGAUUGCAUCAUGUAGUUUGCUGAGCAGUUUGCAGCUAGCAGCUUAUUGUAGUAGUCGGAGCUAAACUCCAAACUAUAUAAUGUGCUAAAAAGCUUGUUUGGCCCAUCAGUCUGCCAAUCUAACGAUUACAUAAGCUCAAGAAGAGAGAACAGAGCUGUCAACAGUAUCAUUGGGGCUCCUCAGUCUGAUUGCUAUUAUAUAUAUAUUAUACCAGUACCACAUUAGCAAUGUACUACUACAUUAUGCUUCUACUGAGAUCAGAUGGUCAGUUUUUGUUUGUCACGAGUCAAGUUUAUUUGGCCCUAGAAGUUGAAGUUAUUAUUGAAAAUAAUUGCAAUUGAAAUCACUAGGUUUCCUCAAAUUGUUCAACCGAAGUGACAGUUUAGCAAAGCUUAGCAAAGGCUCGUAGUAAUGUUGAGUAACACAAGUUACUCAACAUUAAUGUUUACUGGUGUUAGAAUGGAGCUCUAAUGCCUCUGAUCUAAAGACACAUUAAUGACCAAACAUGACAAUUGUGGAUACAUGUCCUGUUUGUGAAGACAUUGUGGAUUGUGUAAAUGCGGCCUGCAAGUAUGUGAUGCUCUGACUGAUCUGCCGCCUUAUCUUUCUGUCUUUUUGCACUUGAUGUCAAUAAAGUAUCCUCUCACAUAUGUACUGA